GCUGAGUGAGUGAGAGUGACGGUAAGAGAUCGCACAGCCUUCAGCCCUAUGAGAUGAACGGGUGGUCCCGAGUGCCAAGUUCGGACGACGCAAGGCGACCAAACGUGGAGACAAACAAAACAGGAGAAUGGAACCUCAAGGGAAGCGAACAGAAAAAGCCCAGAAAAAUACCCGCCGCCUGCGUUCCGAUCUGCCGAAACAAAUGGGCAAGAAGCCAAUCUGACGUGCAGUCGCACCUGCAGCCCAAGAAAUCACAUUACGAAUCGCCCGUCACACGGCGCGCACCUUCCUUUAGCUUGGGCUGCCUCACCACGCUCAUUUAGGUUGAUCCCGUCGGGUGGCCCUACUUUCCUUACCUCAGCCAAUUUUUUUUUCUUUUCUUUUUUUGCCCCUACCUACCAACAGCCCAACUCACCUUGCCUGACCUUACCUUGGUCACUUGA